AUGGCCUCGCCCCCGGUCCCCCCACUUCGACAUGCCGUCACUCAGCCGCAGACAAAGCUGGAAGACGACCAAGUGGUUCACAACACCAACAUACGGCCUGUGCAAUCUAGAAGAGAGGUCGACCCGUUUCCACUUCAUCUCGCUCGCUCUCUAUCUCGGUCCCAGUCACAAAACGCACCCUCGUUACAUCGCCCCCUCACAAGACACGAUGGACUCGACAAUAUACCACCACCUCUACCAGCCUCGCCUCAGCAACUGGAGAGAAUGCUGUCAGGUAAUCCUGACCUCGAAAGACAGAUGGGCGUUAAUGAUGAGGACGUCGGGCCGCCGCCAGAAGGAGGGAUGGAAGCUUGGUGCUGCGUUGGUGCUGCUUUUAUGGUGCUGUUCUGUAUAUUUGGAUUUGUCACUAGUUUUGGACAACUCAAAUCGUACUAUCUAGAAAAUCAACUUUCAGAUUACUCUCAAUCUGACGUCGCCUGGAUCGGAACUCUGCAAUCGUUCCUCACAUUCGCUGGGUCAAUUGCGUCGGGAAGAUAUUUCGACUCGCAUGGUGCUAGGACGAUCACAAUCGUGGGAACCAGCUUGAAUGUUGGAGCCACUAUCGCGCUGGCAUUCUGUAAGGAAUAUUAUCAGCUCAUCUGUGCCCAUGCUCUUUUCGGGUUGUCCGGGACAAUCAUGUAUUCGCCAUCGACAGCUGUAUCAGGUCACUGGUUUAUGAGAAAAAGAAGCACUGCGGUCGGCAUCGUGGUGUGCGGGGCUGGCGCAGGAGGCAUCAUAUAUCCUAUAGCUCUCAAGAAGUUGUUUGAGAAACUCAGCUUCCGAGACAGCAUCCUCAUCAUCGCGGGCAUGAAUGCUGUUUUGAUGUUCCCUGCUUGGUUCUUCCUCAAAGCGCGGUUGCCUCCGAGGCAGCCCCCACCAUAUCGAAACAUGAGGAGACCCUGGAAAGAAGCCCGAUAUACGUGUCUUGUGGCCGGUUCAGCUCUGGUGAUGAUGAACGUCUUCUCCCCAUAUUUCAACGCCCCCAUAUUGUUCAACUCCAACAACCUAUCUCCAGAGCUGGCUGAUUACUCCAUCGCCAUCCUCCAGGCUGGGUCCAUGAUUGGCCGAGCCAUGUCCGGCGCUCUUGCAGAUCUCUUUGGAGUAUGGACAGUCUUCCUUUGCUCCAUCCUUGGGAGCUCUAUAUCUGUAUAUGCCUUCUGGGUGCCACCAUCCAUCAACGCUGCGACUGCUGUUGUCGGAUUGGUUGCAUACGGAGCUUUCAGCGGAGCUUGGAUAGCGUUGGUAGCUGCCAGCUGUGGAGCUAUCAGCCCCACUAGAGAGUUCGGCAUGCGUCUGGGUAUGCUGUGGUCUACCACUUCCAUUCUCGCCUUGGCUGGACCUGUCAUUUGUGGUCUUCUCAUCACCUCCAACGGUGGCAAGUUCGAGCACGCUGGACUCUUUGUUGGCUCAACGCACCUCGUAGGUGCGGGCCUGACUGUUGCGCCUAGAUUCUUGGAGAUCUUGAGAGAUGGUUAUCGUCAGCUGGGUGGAAAGUCAGGCGAAUCGUAUAUAAUCAAAGAGACGAAGGAGAGGUCGGCGUCUGGAUAA